AUGGCUGCCACCCCCAGCAUCAGGACGUUCACCCGGUCCGAGAUCCUCAAUGUCGAGGCUCUCAAUGAGGGCAAGAAGGAUGCCGAGGCACCUUUUUUGAUGAUCAUCGACAACAAGGUCUAUGAUGUCCGCGAGUUUGUGCCCGAUCACCCCGGUGGAAGUGUUAUCUUGACACACGUUGGCAAGGACGGCACCGAUGUGUUUGAUACGUUCCACCCAGAGGCUGCGUGGGAGACACUCGCCAACUUCUACGUCGGCGACAUUGCUGAGCACGACCGCGCGAUCAAGGGCGACGACUUUGCGGCCGAGGUGCGCAAGCUCCGCUCGCUCUUCCAGUCCUUGGGCUAUUACGACUCCUCCAAGGCGUAUUACGCCUUCAAGGUCUCUUUCAACCUCUGUCUCUGGGUCCUCUCGACUAUCAUCGUCGCCAAGUGGGGCCAGACCUCGACCUUGGCCACAAUUGCUUCAGCCACGAUCUUGGGAGUCUUCUGGCAGCAGUGCGGUUGGCUCGCCCACGAUUUCUUGCACCACCAGGUCUUCCAAGAUCGCUUCUGGGGAGACCUCUUCGGAGCUUUCCUCGGAGGUGUCUGCCAAGGUUUCUCGUCCUCCUGGUGGAAGGAUAAGCACAACACUCACCACGCUGCGCCUAACGUUCAUGGAGAGGAUCCCGAUAUUGAUACUCACCCCCUGUUGACCUGGAGUGAGCACGCCUUGGAGAUGUUCUCGGAUGUGCCCGAUGAGGAAUUGACCAAGAUGUGGUCUCGUUUCAUGGUCUUGAACCAGACCUGGUUCUACUUCCCCAUUCUGUCCUUUGCCCGUCUCUCCUGGUGCCUCCAGUCGAUCCUCUUUGUCCUCCCCAACGGCCAGGCCCACAAGCCCUCAGGAGCCCGCGUCCCCAUUUCCCUUGUCGAGCAGCUCUCGUUGGCCAUGCACUGGACCUGGUACUUUGCCACCAUGUUCCUCUUCAUCAAGGACCCCGUCAACAUGAUCGUCUACUUCCUCGUUUCUCAGGCCGUCUGUGGAAACCUUCUUGCCAUUGUCUUCUCCCUCAACCACAACGGUAUGCCCGUCAUCUCCAGGGAGGAAGCUGUCGACAUGGAUUUCUUCACCAAGCAGAUUAUUACUGGCCGUGAUGUUCACCCUAGUCUGUUCGCCAACUGGUUUACUGGUGGAUUGAACUACCAGAUUGAGCACCACUUGUUCCCCUCGAUGCCUCGUCAUAACUUCUCGAAGAUCCAACCUGCGGUCGAGACCUUGUGCAAGAAGUACGGAGUGAGGUACCAUACUACGGGAAUUAUUGGUGGUACAGUUGAGGUCUUUGCUCGUCUCAACGAGGUCUCCAAAGCCGCCUCCAAGAUGGGCAAGUCCUCCUAA